AUGAUCAACCUGGAGAUUCUUUUCGAUUCCUCCCUUUUCAUUGCUCCCAUUCCACCCUCGCCUUCGUCUCCCUCCACUUCAGACACUGCAUGGCCAAAACACCAAGCCAUUCCACUCCCUGCUAUCCCUCUUCACCCCCUCCUCCCCCACCUCCCCUCACUUCCCCCUUCCCCUUUCCUCCCUCUCUCCCCCGUCCCCCCCACUGACUGGUUCCGCUCCUUCCACCCCCAGGCCUUCCUUUUCCUCCGAUUCGAGGACUACAUGGCCAACCCCCGCCCGCACAUCGCCCAAACCCUCGACUUCCUCGGCUUCCUCGCUGCUGACGUGGCGGAGGAGCAGUGGGCGGGGAUCGUCGACCUGGAGCGAGUGGAGCAGCGGCCAGAGGGCAUGGCGAGGGAGGAGCUGGAUCACCUAGAGGCGUUCUUCGCGCCUUUCAAUGCAGAUCUGGUGCGGUUGCUGCGUGAUGACAAGUACUCGUGGAAAAGAGGGCAGAGGUGA